CAGUAAAAGGGGCUGUAAAGAAUGAUUAGCAGAGGGUGGCUAUAGACCGUAAGCCAUUCAGACAACAAAGUGUCCCGGGAGGGGAGAGGAGUGGGGAAGAUAUUCUUCCUUUAACAAAAUACCUACUGUGUACUUUAAGAUCUGAUGAAAGUGGACAAGCAUGAAGUAGCAUUUCAGAAGGCACUGGUUGUGUUAUCAUACAAUAGUGAUAAACAGUGGUUUCAACAUGGAUUCAGAGGAGGUCAUGGUGGAAAUGGAAGAAACUGGAAAGUCCUCAGAUUCUCAACCAGGGUUGCGAAUAAUCCUGAUCGGUGAGAGAGAGGCAGGGAAGAGUGCUGUAGGCAACGCCAUCCUGGGCAGUAAGGUGUUUGACGCGGUGGGGGUGAGAACAAGAGAGGCGGUAAAGUGGCAAAGAGAGGUGGCCGAGAGGCAGGUGACGGUGGUGGACACGCCUGGUUGGGAGUGGUUCCCCUCCAGGGGCUCCUCUCUGGGGGUCCGGAGGGAGAUCGUCCGGGGCGUGUCACUGUGCCAGCCUGGCCCCCACGCCGUGCUCCUGGUGGUGCCCCUCUCCUUCUCCUUUACCAAACGGGAGCGGCAGGCGGCCGAGGAGCAUGUGGAGCUGUUGGGGGAGCGGGCUUGGGGGCAUACCGUGGUGCUGUUCACGGUGAAGGGUGGGCGGCUGAAGGAUGCCACUUUAGAGGAGGAGGUGGAGGAGAGCGAGGAGCUCCAGGGCCUGGUGGAGCGAUGUGGGGGCCGCUAUCAUGCCCUGUAUGGUAGGUCCAGGAAGGGCCACGAUGCCGUGGCAGAGCUACUGGAGAAGCUGGACAACAUGGUGGCCAAGAACAGAGGAAAGUUGCUCUCCAGCGAGGAGGUACUGGAGGAGGCCAGGGAGAAGGAGGAGGAGGAGGAGAGGAGGCACCAGGAGGAGGACAGGGAGAGAGAGGAGGAUCUGAGGAGGGUCAAGGAGGCUUUGAGAGAGCUGGAGAUGGAGGAGGUGACAGAGGAGGUGCAAGGGGAGGGAGGGGAGGCCACAGAGGUGUCCACGAGACAGCAGAGGGGGAGGAGGAGAUACACAGAUGAGAAAUCAGACACAGUUGUGGAAAGCAUCUCAGCAGAUCCUACACACCUCACCUGGUCUGACCUCAGGGCCAUUAGAGAUCAGAGAUGUAAGACACAAUAAAAGAGGGGAGAAGACACAGAAAGAUGAAGAACCUGCUGACUUCCUGAUGGUCUAUAACAUUAUACUGACUUCAGUCCAAAAGACAUUCAUAUCUUCCGCUAUUGAUUUUGGAUAUGGACUGCCAAUAUACACCGAGUAUACAAAAUAAUGACUAUCUUUCCAUGACAGACUGACCAGGUGAAUCCAGGUGAAAGCUAUGAUCCCUUAUUGAUGUCACUUGUUAAAUCCACUUCAGUCAGUGUAUAUGAAGGGGAGGGGGUUAAAGAAGGAUUUUUAAGCCUUGGAUUGUGUAUGUGUGCCAUUCAGAUGGUGAAUGGGCAAGACAAAAUAUUGAAGUGCCUUUGAAUGAGGUAUGGUAGUAGGUGCCAGGCCCACUGGUUUAUGACAAGAACUGAAAUUCUGCUGUGUUUUUCGUGCUCAGCAGUUUCCUGUGUGUAUCAAGAAUGGUCCACCACCCAAAGGGGUAGGGGGGGGGGUCCUAAUGUUUGGUGUACGCAGUGUAAUUGUCCAUGGACAAAUAUCAUCCGUUUUGAGAGUCUUAAGGUAUCUCUGAACUGGAAUGAAAUGUGUCAUCGCAUGUUCGUUAACUGUUUGAUAUAACUCAUCUUCAUGCAUACAACACUGUGUGAAGGAUUUCCCAUCAAUCUGCAUGUUCAAAUCAAAACAAAUUUUAUUGGUCACAUACACAUCUUUAGCAGAUGUUAUUGCGGGUGUAGCGAAAUGCUUGUGCUUCUAGUUCCGACAGUGCAGCAAUAUCUAACAAAUAAUAUCUAACAAUUUCACAACAAAUACCUAAUACACAUACAUCUAAGUAACAAGGAAUGGAAUUAAGAAUAUAUAAAUAUAUGGACGAGCAAUGUCAGAGCGGUAUAGACUAAGAUACAGUAGAUAGUAUAGAAU